AAUAUGGAACGUUGGCUUAAUAAGGUGGCCGUUGUGACCGGUGCUAGUUCGGGUAUUGGAGCAGCUACAACCAAAAAUUUAAUAGAAGCCGGAUUUCAAGUGAUCGGUUUGGCAAGGCGUAUAGACCGUUUGAAUGAACUGAAAUCGCAGUUGCCAUUUGAUAAACGCCAGCAAUUGACCGUUAGCCACUGUGAUGUCAGCUGUACAGCAUCGGUAGAUGGAGCAUUUAAUGAAAUUCUUCAAAAAUUUGGCGGUAUUGAUGUAUUGAUUAACAAUGCUGGCUGUUUAAUGGGCGGACAGUUAUGUACCAUGGAUAUCCAAGAUCUGGAGAAAAUUCUGCAAACCAAUGUAAUGGGUGUAGUUCGCUGUACUCAAAUCGCUUUCAAGUCCAUGAAAGAACGUGACGUGAAUGGCCAUAUUAUUAUGAUGAAUAGUAUCAAUGGUCAUAAGGUGUUAACCGCUCUCCCUAAACUGCCAAUGACAAAUAUGUAUACACCGGCAAAAUAUGCAUUAACAGCGAUUACGGAUAUUUAUAGGCAAGAAUUUGCUGCGUUGAAAACCAAAAUUAAAAUAACCAGUAUUAGUCCGGGUUUAGUGGAUACGGAGAUGAUACAUGAAAAAGUUAGGCAAAAGCAUGCUUAUUGUAUGUUAGAUCCUGACGAUGUUGCUCAUGCUAUAUUAUAUGCUCUAUCAACGCCAAUGGAUGUACAAGUUCAUGAAAUUAUGAUUAGGCCUUUGGGAGAAAUGCUUUGA